AACAUUAUUGAUGACGAUUUUGAAAAACAUGAGUGCCACACUAUCAGUGAAUCAAAAGCAUUUGAGCGUUAAUGACCAGCAUUUUGGAAAUGUAGGAGAGCGAAAUCGUUCGCGAUCGGAACGUGCUUCCAGUUUGGCACUGCCACACAACUCGCUCUUGGAUUUCUAUGACAAGGAGCAAGAACAAUGCAGCUCAGUGGCAUUGUUGCCGAUGAACGUAAAUGUUGUAGUGCGACGACAUUCAUCGCACUACUAUCCCAUGUUAGAGGAGAAGCAGCAAAAACAUCAACAACAACAGCAGCAACAACAGCAGCAGCAACAACAACAGCCAUUAAAAACACUUUCGCAAAUGCAAAUGCAGUCACGGCAAUUGACUGCAAUGACUACAACUGGAGGCGCACUACCAACAUUGACCGUUGCCAUUCCCGAGUUGCCACAAUACAAUUAUAAUCAUAAUAAAGCUGGUCAAUUGGCGAUGCCAGACAUCCAAUCGAUGGCAUCAUUGCCGCUUUCAAGCCUCGUGAAUGGCAAAGAGAAAAAGAAUUUCACAUAUAACACAGUGACCAAUAGUUCCACCACCAAAAAUCAACCUCCAAACAUAUCUAACACCACAGGUACCACAAUAACAUUGGCAGCAGCUGCAAACUCAGUACUAGAUACACCACCCCCACCCGUGCCGAAACGCACAUUUCGUGGCAAUUACGCGUGGAACGCAGCAGUUGACUCGCCCACACCCCCAUCCGCAAAUCAAACACCAACCAAGGAUAAACAACAUAUCAGUGCAGGCACCGCAUUUGUUUAUCCGCCGCAAACACAAACGCUCUCAUCCGGACAUCGGCUGCUGCAGCAACAGAGUUACACAGUUUAUUACAAUACAAGCGGCGCUAACCCAUUGGAAUCAACACAGCUACAAAGUCAAUUUCAAUCACAAUCGCAAUCACAGUCUCUGCUUGUUGAGCUGUCCACACGUCCGCUUUAUAUGGAUGGCGGUCUGGAUGCCGGUGGCAUUUCAGAUGAUGAUCGUAUGAGUUUGGAGAAUUCUGUAUUUGAUGAGUCGUUGACAUCAACACCUGUCAAGGUCGGCGGCAAAGCUGCUGGCGAAAGCACUGCGGGUGUUAAAUUAGCUGGUACAGCUUUCACAGCAAAAACAUUGGGUGCAUUUACUGGAGAAUUGAGUAACGCCACAAAGCGUGCCAAUCGUUCAUCGAGCAGCACAGCUGAUUCAACAAUUACAAAUUCAUCUGGCUACGGAUCCGGUCAUAGUGAGCGUUUCGCCUCCUCCUCCACGAGUGCUGACUUUCGCAGUCGUUUCUCAUCAGUUGACACUCAAUCAUCAAUGGAUAGCUGCCUAACCGAGAAAACAAGUGACUCUUCACUCUCGAAGGACUCAUUCAAAAUGGACCGUGCAAUGAUCAGUGAUGCCUUGAAUGAUUAUAAUAAUUUGAAUAAUAACGAGACUCGCACUCACAUUGGUUGUAGUAAUGUAAUUGCCAAUAAUAAUAACACAUUUGGUAGUCGUCAGUCUAAAAAUGCCAACUCUCAAACUUUCAACGGCCUGGUCCAACAAAAGCCACCCGAAGUUCCAACGCGCAAACAAUAUGGAGAUGCACCACCAAAAAUGGCGCCUCCUGGUAGUCAAAAUAGUUCGCAACAGUCAUUACAAAUCAGUGGUUGUGGCAGCGGCAGUGGUAGUGUCGGUAGUAGUAAGGCAGCCUCCUCGGUCUCGGCAUCCACGUCCACAUCCUCCACAGUAUCUGCUGGUUCAGGUACUUCCACCGGUUCGUUGUUGUCCGGUUCAGGUGGCACAUCGAAUGCCGCUAUUUCACCACUCACACAAAAUUCAGGCAUUAUUUAUCAACAAUCGAAACGUCCAGUACCGCCGGUACCGCCGACCCGCGGCCAAAUUAGUUUUGACCACAGCCUCAACAAUGGCGCACAAAUUGAAUCACCACCAUCAUCAAAGCUACCGCCACCGGUGACCAUUCGCAACAAGCUGGGAAAGAGUAAACCUCCACCAAUCGUUUAUCCGAAGCUACAUCAGCGGCAAGACUCUAAUUUGUCUAGUGAUAGUUUUUCCGUCACUUCCAGUCCUGGGUAUAAUACAAAGAACCUAAUGGAUGUACCGUUGCUGCAAAAUGCAGCACGUAUCAACAAAAGCGGCCCGGGUAUGGGCGUUCGACAUCAGGACUCUGCGGAUAGUUUUAAUUUGAAUGGAUCACGAUUUGCGGCCAUAACAUCGGGUAGUAUGGGGAUACCAGUGGUACCACCGCCACGCAACAAAUACAGCUGCCGCCAAGAUUCCAAUAUUUCAAGUGAUAGUUUCAGUCAAACUUCCAGCCCCGGUUACAAUACAAAACUAAUGGAAGCUCCCCUCUUACCCUCGCUCUCUGUCAAAAGGUUGUGCGGCGUUCCAGCGCCAAUUGUCUAUAAACAAAAACUGCAAAAUGAAACCAUCGAAGAGAUGGAACAAUCGGUUCCUAUGUCACCACUUACUAAAUGCGUAUCCACUCCAGCUAGCCUGCAAACGAUUGUGCGAUUUCAAAAUGGGGCGCCCAACACGAUGUCACUGCAGCAUCAGCAGAUUAUAAAUCGUCGUAAAAGCUCGAAUCCUUACAUCACCAAUGGUCGUUUGAAAUUUCGCCUCUUUCAAAUAUUAAUAAAUGCUUUUGCGCUAUUGGCUAUAGCUGGAGGUUUAGCGGCAUACUUCAAUGCCUAUCCGACCAUCAAGUUCGUCAACAAAACUAUUAUAAACACCGUCCAUGUGGAAGAUGCUUCAAGCUAUGGUAAGAAUCCUGCGCCCGGUACUUGUUUGCCCAUCAUAGUGAAGUUUUGUCAGGGGCCACAAAUCCCCUACAACUACACCGUGUUCCCCAAUUAUAUCGGACAUUUCGGUCAACUGGAAACUCAAGUGGAUCUGGAUGCAUACGAUGCAUUGGUAGAUGUGCGAUGUUACGAAUUAGUCUCACUUUUCCUCUGUACACUAUUUGUACCCAAAUGUGGUGCGACUGGCGCAACAGUACCCCCCUGCAAGACGCUAUGUACCGAAACCAUGCGACGUUGUGGUUUCUUUUUUGAUGUAUUCGGCCUCACCUUACCCGAAUAUCUCAAUUGUAAACUGUUUAAAGAUUUUGAAAAUCCCGAAGAUUGUGUUGGACUGGACCAGGUGCGUGAGGUGAUGAUAGCAUCAACGAACCCCAAAUGUGAUGGAUUCCAGUGUGACCAAAAUCGUUGCUUGCCCAAGGAGUAUGUAUGCGAUGGACAUUUGGAUUGCAUGGAUCAGGCAGAUGAAGCGAAAUGUGAACGUUGUCAAAAGGACGAAAUCUAUUGUGGCGAUAAUCGUUGUAUAGGUAUGAAGCACAUAUGCGAUGGUGUAAUCGACUGUCCAUACGGGCAAGAUGAGCGUAAUUGCAUUCGCCUUAGUGAGCGCAAUGGCGAUUUAGGGAAAGGUGUGCUGGAAAUCUAUCGUAUAAAGUCACAAAAAUGGGCACCAGCCUGUGUGAAAAACUGGGAUCGUGCGGUAUCUCCUUCAGCCGUAUGCUCCAUGCUGGGCUACAGUGCGGUCAAUGCGACCAGCGUCGUAACACUGAAAACACAUCGACCUCUAAUGACGUCCAUCAAUGUAUCCACUGACAUAUGGAAGAUGUAUGCGAAGAAGCAUUCAAAUUUGAUGCAAGAGUUCGCCAAUUGUACACCCAGUGAGGACUAUCCCAUUGCCGAGUUGACGUGUGCAAACUAUGAAUGCGGCAAGGUGAAGCGAGGACGUCAUAAGCCAUCUCGCCGCAUCAUUGGUGGCGAUCAGGCAAAUCCAGGAUCUUGGCCAUUUUUAGCCGCCAUUUUGGGUGGACCCGAAAAGAUCUUUUACUGUGCAGGCGUGUUAAUUUCCGACCAAUGGGUGCUCACAGCAUCGCAUUGUAUAGGAAACCACACUGUGAUUGACUUGGAAGAUUGGACCAUACAACUUGGCGUUACGCGCAGAAAUUCUUUUACGUAUACAGGCCAAAAGGUUAAAGUCAAAACGGUUGUACCGCAUCCUCAUUAUAAUACUCUAAUCACUCAUGACAAUGACAUAGCGCUAUUUCAACUUGCCACAAGGGUCGCUUUUCACGAGCAUUUAUUGCCGGUUUGUCUGCCACCGCCCGGCAUCAAACUGAAGCCAGAUCAAAUGUGCACGGUAAUCGGCUGGGGAAAACGGGAAAAUAAAGAUCCCAAAUCUACUUACGAACCAAUUGUCAAUGAAGUGCAAGUGCCCAUUAUUGGUCGUCAGCAAUGUGAUCUGUGGCUAGACAAUUUAACAGUAUCUGAUGGUAUGAUAUGCGCCGGCUAUGAAGAAGGCGGAAAGGAUGCGUGUCAGGGCGACUCGGGCGGACCUUUACUAUGCCCCUAUCCGGGCGAAAAAGAUCGCUGGUUUGUUGGUGGAAUCGUAUCAUGGGGCAUAAUGUGUGCACAUCCGAAAUUACCCGGCGUAUAUGCGAAUGUGAUCAAGUAUGUGCCAUGGAUACAGGAACAAAUGGCAAAGUAUUCGAAACCUGUGAGCGAAGAAAAGUUCUCCAAAUAUGACGCACAUCCGGGUGGGCCAGAUAUUCUGUCAAAUAUAGCAACUGGACCAGUGCGUAGCAAAAAACCAUAUCACAAUCAAAAUCGUAGUCCAAUGGAUGUUGAUUACUAUGAAAAUUAUAAAAAAACCUAAGUUCAACUGGCAAACAUAUGAGAAAUUUAAAGUGUAUGAAGGCUAAAGUAUUGAAAUGAAUACGAAUAGUGACAAAGACUAGAAAGAAAGAAAGACAAUAAUAAUAAUUCAGAGUGUGAAGAUACAUACAUACAUACGAAUAUAUGGACAAUUUUUAGAUAAUAAUAUAUAUAUAAAAUAUUAUAAAAAAUAACUUACUAAAAGUUAAAUUUCUACACAAAAUUAGACAAUAUUAGAUGCAAUUUGUUUAUAUGUAUUUGGCAAACAACAAAUAAAAUCAAUCAUAUCCUUGUGGCAUAUUGCCAUUUGAAAAAUGGAAUAUGUUUACAUACAAAAACUAGUUUAGUCAAAGAAUGUGUAACACUUCACUUGUGCUAACAAUUUAUUUUUUAUCAAAUACAAAGGGGGUUGAGAAAAGGUACCACAAAGAUACAUACAUACAUACAUACAUAUUAGCCAAACGAGUCAAUUCCCGAAUUUAAAUGUCAAUUUGACACAAAGAUUGCAACAUUCUGAAUGCAAUGAAAGAACUAAAAAAUGUUUAGAACAAUCCUAAAACGGUAAUGGUACGUAAAUGCACGCAUACAUGCAUACAUACAUAUACAUGUGAGUUUUGCUUAAUUUGUUGUUAACUCUUAAGCGUUUACUUAUAGAUAUUUACAUACUAGAAUGAACCAAAAACAGUUGUCUUUCGUUUUUUUUCUGCAUUUCAUUUAGUUUUCAUUUCAUUUUUCAUUUCUGAUUUGACUAUAAUUUCCAUAAAUUCUAUAAAAUCUAAAGCGCUUUCAUUGAAGGGGCGAUACUGUACCAACAACACUGUUCUGUACGUUUCACUGUCAAAGCAAAGUAUUGAGAAACUAGAAAACAAACAAUGAAUUCGCCUUGUUCCAUUCUGAGCUGACAGCGACAUGGACACGACGAAAGAAAAAAAAACAACUCAGCUGAUUUACCAACACCACCUUUAAUAGAUUCGCCUUGAUAAAAUCUAAUCAUAAUCAAGGCGCACUCAUUAAAAAUGAUGACACUAAACCAAGGCGCAUUCAUUAAAGGUGAUUGUUUUAGACCAACAACAAUAUUUUGUACGUUUGAUUGUAAAAGCUUAAUAUUGGAAAAGUAGAAAACAAAAAAUGAAUUUGCCUUGUUUCAUUCUGUGCUGACAGCCACUUGGAUACGGCGAAAUAAAAAAAAACAAAUCAGCAAGAAACAAAAUUUAAUUUUAAGUCGUAUUCAACCAAGGCGAAUUGAGUAUGUAAGGUGGUGCCAUUAAAAACAGUUACUUUAUUUUUCGCGAUUUUGGCAUGACUGACGUCGCUCCCUUCGCAAUACAAUAAAAUUCCAUGUUUGUGAAAAUUCAAUGAAUAACUUAGUAAUAUUGUGAUUUGUGAGAUUGCAACUAAACAAACUAAUACAAACGAAGUGGCGCGUGUUAAAUUGUUAAAGCACAAAUGAAUAUCAAGUCUCCAAAUGCAGUUUUUCACGUUUUUAAGCGGAAAACCCCGUGGCUGGAAAGUAUGUAUGUGUGCGUAUAAUUUCCUGUGUUUGGUUGUUUUCAUUGCAUUCGCCUACUUCUCUUCUUCACAAACAAGUAGUUUCCCUUCCUUUUGUUGGUUUAUUUAUGGACUCUUACGACACGGCGAAUUCGGAAGGCGAAAUCUUCUUCUCUAUCAUUCUUGGCUGACAGCCACAUGGAUACGGCGAAAGAAAAAAAUCAGCAACUAACAAAACAUGCAGUAUACGGACAUACCGAAUCUGUCGGUUAUAUUUUCAGUGUAACAACGCAAAACCGCAUACAAAACCCAUCUAACAAAAAAAAAGCGAACACUCAGGUAGCAGCUAUGGGAGUAGUAGUAGUAGCGCGUUCAAAAGAGAGAUUAGUAGCGCUAGCUGGAGUACCCAUGAAUAAUUUCCUAAGUAGGGAUCCAGCCGAUUCCAAACUUCCUGUUACUACUCAAACUACAGAGAGUACUGAAUAUUUUU